GAGAAAGUGGAGGGUUGUUGAUGAGAAAGAAGUUGUGAGGGGGGAGGAGAUGAGGGAGUAGGGGAUGAGGAGAGAGGAGCAGAGGAGAGAAAAGUUGUGAGGGAGGAGGAGAUGAGGGAGUAGGGGAUGAGGAGAGAGGAGCAGAGGAGAUGAGGGAGUAGGCGAUGAGAAGAGGAGAUGAGGGAAUAGAUGAGGAGGGAAAAGGCAAUGAGAAAUAAGGGGAUAGGAGAUGAAGGAUUAGGAGAUGAGGGAGGACGGGAUGAGGAGAGAAGGAGAUGAGGGAAUAGGUGAUAAGAGAUGAGGAGCUGAGGGGAAUAGGAGGUGACGGACUAGGCGAUGAGAGAGGAGGAGAUGAGGGAGGAGGGAGGAGGAGACCAGGGCGGGGCGACGCAGCAGCAGCUUCAUCCCCGCUGACCGACACCGACCUCCUGCUCGUCUCCCGGACGCACGGACGCCGGAGCCCGGCCUGAUUCCUCUGAAUCCCGGCGGCUCCGUCUCGAGGAGAAUGAUAAUAGCGCGGAGGAGGAGGAAGAUGAUGAAGAAGAUGAAGAUGAGGACUGUGAGCAGCUAAGAGCCGCGGAGCAUCGCGCUCCGAUGCAGCAGGAGAGUCGCCAUUGUUUGGAUGCGCAGCAGACUGAGACCGAGAGCCCGGAUUAGAGCCUCGUUCGCCCGGUCGGACACCAUGCUUCCCCCGCUGCUCCUCGCCCUCUGGAUGCUCGGCCUCACCCGGAGCUCCUGGGCCUUCCAGGCCUCUCUGGACCAGGAAGGUCUGAUCGUGGCUCGGCUUGAGCGCUCCGACCUGCGGGCCAACGUGUCAGCGUACGGCGUUCAGCUGUCCGGGGAGCCGCGGCUGAUCCUGGGUCAGUUCGUGAACGUCAGCGAGCCUCUGAGGUUCAACACAUCGUUCCACGGGUUGUGCUACGUGGUGGGACUGCUGGUCCGCCUGGGACCGAGCUGGUCCCGCCCUAUCAGCAUGGUGCCAGUGCUCACCAAGCCACUUCCUGUCCAUAGGGUCCACAUCGCAGACCUCAAGGAGUCUCCAGAGACCGGUGUGGUGUUUCACAUCGAGUCUCCAGCAGGAAACAUCUUCAGCAGAGUCAACAUUGGCUACACAGAGGGCGCGGAGCGGCGCUCCAUGCUGUACAAAGAUUUCUACAAAGGGAAGACGGUGUUCAAGCACUGGUUACCGGGCGUGUGUUACCGUAACAUCACUUUCCAGCUGGUCUCGGAGGUCACAGUGAACCAGACGGCCCUGGUGGCACACAGUGACAUCACACACUCACCUGUGCACCACAGGACAGUACCAUACCCCCCCCUCAACAUUUCCCAUAAGAUCGUUCACCUAAGCCAGAGGACAGGUGAAGCCGCUGACACAGUCCCUCCUGAGGGGGAAAGACGGCGAGCCUCCCGUCAGGCCCACGAUGUCCUGCUGAUGGAGGAGAAGCAGGAGGAGCAGGAGGUGCUGAGGGCCACUACACGUGGUCCCUUUAGCCCAACGAUGAACCAGACGACAGGCACCCCAAGCUCCUGGCCUGACCCGACAGCACCCCCCGACGGGGAGGAGGAGGAGUUUGUGAACGCGGUGGUGCCGGACUACGAGGACUCCAACGAGUCCGGCUCAGCGAUGGGCCUCACCCCCGAAGCCUACAUCCGGCCCACAGAGCUUCCCCCGGUCCUGCUGGAGCUGCGCUGGCUGCCGCCAAGAGCCCACACCAGCUAUGACGGGUUCAACGUGUACAUCUACAGGGAAGGUAACUCCACAGAAACAGCCACAGUGGAUGAAAACACGCAUGACUUUUUCACGGAGCUCACGGAGCAGGGAACAUACCGAGUCCUGGUAACCACGUUUAGCUCCACCGGGGACUGUGAAGCCCGGGAGAGUACCGCCGACAGCGGCUUCACCUUCUACCUCGGUCCUGCAGGCGAACUGAUGGAGGAGCUCCGUCAGCGCCCUCAGGGCGUCUCCGUCAGGCUGCUGGACUCCAGCACCGCGGUGGUCUCCUGGGCUCCGUCCUCAGAGGAGCACAACGGCAGCCUGGUGUCGGUGGUCUCCACCACCUGCCUCCGCCCGAGCCCCACCCAGAGGAUGGAGAGCACAUACUGCAGCGAGGAGAACUCCACCAGUGACAUCAUCAGUCACCUGACCCCUGGGGCGCAGUACCGGGUGGUGGUCUAUCACAGCAACGGCCCCCUGACGAGCCCCCCCUCCGAACCCGUCAUCAUCGACAUUGAGCCCACAGGGGUGCUCCAGCUGGUUGUGUACCCUCUGGGCCCCUCGGCCGUGGUGCUCAGCUGGCAGCGUCCGUACCAUGUGACCUUCAGGAAGUACGUCUUGCAGACCUUCUUCUUCAACCCCGUCACCCUGACCUCCGAGUGGAGCACCUACUACGAGAUCGCCGCCACGGCCUCCAUCAUCGCCUCCGUGAGGGUCACAGAUCUGCUGCCGGCGUGGUACUACAACUUCCGCGUUGCCAUGGUUACGUGGGGCGACCCGCCGCUCAGCUGCUGCGACACCUCGACGGUCAGCUUCGUUACAGCUCCAGAGGCCCCUCACAUCUCCUCGGUGGAUUACUCUCACGGCCUCCUGUCGGUGCGCUGGACCUACGGAGAGCUCUUCAUCGACCUCUCGCACUCCAGGAUGCUGCACUGGAGGGUGGUCGCCAUCGGCAAGAAGGGGGCCGAGAGGAGCUACUCCAUGGAUGUGACUCGUAACGUGAUGCGUGCCAGCCUCCCGCUGCCGCCAGGUGACAUCUACAACCUGACGGUGACGGCCUGCACAGAGCGCAGCAGCAAUACCUCCACCCCCUCCAUCAUCAAGCUGGAGCCGGCUGCUCCGCGGGCGGUGCUGGCUGUGAACACCACCCACUCUGCGGUGACGCUGCUGUGGAGCGAGGAGGGGGUGGUGGACUACUUCCAGGUUCUCUGUAGACCCACCAGGCUGGGGGGGGGACCAAAGACCCCCCAGCCUCAGACCUCCAGCUCCCACGUCAUCACCAUCUCCGGCCUGACGCCCUCCUCCACCUACAACUGCACCAUCACCAGCUUCAGCUACAGCACCGCCAGCAAGCCGGCCCACAUCAGCAUCAGCACCGCCGCUAAGGAGAUGAACCCCAGCGUAGCCGCCAUCUCGGCUCUGGCUGUCCUCAGCGUCCUGGUCCUCAGCCUCCUGCUCCUGUUCCUGCUGCUCCUCCGGAGGAAGCACCUGCAGAUGACCAGAGAUUGCGGUGCCGAGACUUUUGUGAACUUUGCCUCGUUUGAAAGAGACGGGAAGCUUCCGUAUAACUGGCGAAGAAGCCUUUUUGCCUUCCUUACCCUACUGCCAUCCUGCCUUUGGACUGACUAUCUUUUGGCUUUUUAUAUUAAUCCCUGGAGCAAGACCGCUUUAAAGAAACGGAAGCUAACAAGUCCUGUGCAGCUGGACGACUUCGAUGCGUACUUCAGAGAGAUGAGCAAAGACUCCGCCUACAAGUUCUCUCUGCAGUUUGAGGAGCUGAAGAGCGUCGGUCUGGAUCUUUCCCAUGAUGCAGCAGACCUGCCCAUCAACAGGCCCAAGAACAGAUACACCAAUAUCCUGCCAUACGACUUCAGUCGAGUGAAGCUGAUGUCGAUGCACAACGAUGAAGGUUCAGACUACAUCAACGCCAACUACAUUCCUGGAUACAAAAACACAAACGAGUAUAUCGCCACCCAGGGGCCGCUGCCGGAGACUCGCAAUGAAUUCUGGAAGAUGGUUCUUCAGGAGAAAUGUCCCCUGGUGGUCAUGCUGACUCAGUGCACCGAGCGGCGCAGGGUGAAGUGUGAUCACUACUGGCCCUUCACUGAUGAACCUGUGAUGUACGGAGAGAUCAGCGUGGAGAUGCUCUCUGAGUCCGAGUCUCCGGAAUGGACCAUCAGGAAGUUCAGACUGGGAUACGCCGACGAGUCCCAGGACGUCCUACACCUGAACUACACCUCGUGGCCUGACCACGGCGUCCCCACGGUCAACGCCAUUGAGAGCAUCCUGCAGUUUGUCCACAUCGUCCGUCAGCAGGCCAGCCGGACCAGAGACCCCGUGGUGGUCCACUGCAGCGCCGGAGUGGGCCGGACCGGGACCUUCAUUGCUCUGGACCGCCUGAUGCAGCACAUCAGGGAACACGAGUUCGCCGACAUUCUGGGGAUGGUGUCGGAGAUGCGAUCCCACCGCCUGUCCAUGGUCCAAACCGAGGAGCAGUACGUGUUCAUCCACCAGUGUGUCCUGCUGAUGUGGCAAAAGAAGAAGCAGCAGUCCGUCUCCUCCGACGUGGUCUACGAGAACGCCAGCAAGACAUAAUGGUGGAGGCUCCUCCAGACGAGAGCUUACCUGAGGAGGAGAUCCGCUUCAUCAUUACAACAUCAACUUAAAUAAUACGAAGGGUCCACUUUAGUUCAGAAGCUGUUUGGAGCGCCGUCAUGGAGCCAGGGUUCACCAGCUUCGUCCCGUGGUUGGACGUCCACACUGGCGCCGUCCUCGCGGACGCCACGCAGGGGGCGGAGCUACCGAGUUUGAGUUUUUACUGUUGUUAGAUUGUUUUUUUAAUCUCAGGAGCAGCUGAUGGAAACACACUCUCCAUUGGAUACUUUUAUUUCCUCGGAUAGUCGAUGAAAAUCUGCUGUAAUCUGCUCCGACACGCUGACAAACCGCGACCACGGAACCCAGCGAGCGGCCACCACGAGGCAUCUUCUGCACGAGCACCAGGGCUGCAGACAUCAUCGACUACAUUAACCUUUGUAAAAGAAAAUGUAAAAUGGUCACUUAAAGAGAUUUUUCCAGUCAAUCAUUGAAGUAUUUUGGUACCGAUUUCACAAGAUGCUGCUCGACCUUUUAUUCCGUCCGUCAAUCCAACCCGCUGGAUGUUUGCUGGGUUGUCAUGACAACAAGAGAGAGUCGGGGGAACGAACGCUCUGAUGUGGAGACGCUGGUUCCUCAGAGGGACGGAAGACCUUCUGCUGGAGGCAACAACAACAAAGAAACACACAAACAGAUCACAUCUGCAUCACAUCUGCAUCACAUCUGGAGACGUGAUUCAGUUGGACAAACUGCCAAACCCCAGAGAAAUGAAAUAUCAAGAUGUUCUGCUUCUCUUUCUGCCAAAACGUUUCUUUCAUUGAAUUAUUGAAAUAUCAAAAGGUGUAAAUGUGAACUUUAAUUCAUGAAGAUAAAAUUGGUUUCCAGGUUUUUAAGGCUUGAUUUCCUGCUGCUUUCAAAACGCCCCAAAAGUUUAAAAAAUCAACAAAAUACUAAACUAAACAUUUAGUUGGAUUUCUUCAGAAGAAGAGUGUGAAUUCACUUUAUUACUAAAUAACAAAUAAUAUUGAUAACGCACAGACACUUGAAUAAGAAGUGUUCCCAUCAUGUUGUAACCUUGAGGUGUCUUUUUGGUGUUCGCAUCACUACGAAACUCAAAUGUUUUUCAUCUUAUCCUCAGAAUUGGAUAUCGCCAAUUUUAGUCUAGUUUAGUUUUGAUGAACGAUUUGGUUUAAUGCUCCAAAUAACAAAAUAUUGGGUUGUGCAACAAAAUUUGUAAUUCAAAAAAAUGUGUUAAUGAUGUAAAAAGCAGAAUUUGUCGUGUAUUUUCCUUUUUUAUUUGAGUACCGCCAAUAUUUGGUGUAUUUUCAUUUGAGUUCAUUUGAAAAUUCCACCAAAAUGCUGCAGCAAUGUUUCUGGAUAAAGAAGUGAUUUCAUAAAUCAGUGAAUGUUAAAAUGAACAAAGAAUCACAUAUUCAGGCCGAAUAUUUGUCUUAAAAGCAGGAAUAUUGUACCAAUAUUAGUUUCCAAGUUGUUUUAUUUACAUUUCUUCAGCCAUUUCUCAUAUUUCUACUCCACAUUUCUCACUUCCUUGAUGACUGUAGAGAAUGUUUAGCCAACAGGAAGUUCAGGUGUUGCCAAAAUAAGAGCGUUCCAUGUCAUAAGGUCAAGAAAACCUGUUUUUUAAACUGUUCCUACAGUUUAAGUUUAUGUUCAAUGUAUAUAUUUAAGUUCCUUACUAAAACAUUGCUUUGUAAGUAAGAUCAGUUUAUUGAGUAUAAAUACACAUCGUCACUAUAGUUUCAUUACAAAUACAUCCGUUUCUAAUCUUUAAUCUUAAACACUUUCAUAUAUAUUUUUCAACAGUAUGAGAAAGUUAGCAAAAUGUAAUAAGAAAUGAAAUUAGGUUUCAAAGAAUAAAUUCCAUUCAACCAUUAGAAACUGACAAAUUUGAACUAAUUUGUGAAAAUGAUUUUAAAGAAAGAGAUUUGUGAGAAAAAGCUGCUGUUUCUUUUAUGUUUAUCUCUAAAUAAAAUCUCAAAUCUUUUUUUCUAAAUAUAUUGACACCUUGAAACUGUAAAUCAAAUUAAAAACAAACAUGUGUCCAAUUUGUAAAAUAAAUCAAAUGGAAGAAAUGAAUGAAUGUGUAAAAAGGAGGCGUGGCCUUUUGCCCCCCCCCCCCCCAGAUGUACUGUACAUACUUGUACACAUUGUACACAUUGUACACACUUGUACCCCUUUGUGUUUGUCGUCACUACAAAGUGCUUCUCGUGGAUUUGAUGCUUUUUUAAGUUGUCGUGAUUGUGAAUCAUCGUCAAGGCGACUCGUUGUCGUACAUUUGUGUCACUUAAAAGGUUUGAAGGUCGACCGUCGUCAUGGAGAUUUAAUGUUUGUGUGUCGCGAUGAAAUAAAAAAAUUGCAGUUA